CCUGCCGUUAGUAGUAAUGUGGCGGCCGGCCGAAUCACAUGCCGCGUGCAUUGCGUGCUGCUUUCUCGUCAGCCUUUUGCAGGCCGACGUCUAUGCGGUUGAUUCAACAGGAAUGCCAAAGUUUGGUGAAGAUUUGAAUAAUGUAACGGUGCCAGUUGGCCGAGAAGCUAUAUUCAUAUGCAACGUCGAAGGAUUAGCAACUUACAAGGUUGCUUGGCUGAGAGUGGACACCCAAACUAUAUUGACCAUUCAUAGUCACGUCAUUACAAAGAACCAUCGGAUCGCGGUAACACACAGUGACCAUCGAAUAUGGUAUCUUCAUAUCCGGGAAGUUAAAGAAGCUGACAGAGGAUGGUACAUGUGCCAAAUCAACACCGACCCAAUGAAGAGUCAACAGGGUUACUUGCAAGUGGUUGUACCUCCAGAUAUAUUGGACUACCCAACCAGCACCGACAUGGCAGUGAGGGAAGGAGGUAAUGUCUCGAUGCAGUGUGCUGCUUCCGGAUUUCCCAGUCCCAGUAUCACUUGGAGAAAGGAAGGUGGCCAUUCGAUUUCCUUAAGUCCCGAUACAGAAGUGUCCGCAGUGAACGGGCCGUGGUUAAACGUAUCAAAAGUUAACCGUUUACACAUGGGUGCAUAUUUGUGCAUAGCGUCUAACGGAAUUCCACCGUCAGUUAGCAAACGUAUCAUGCUCAUCAUACAAUUCCCUCCCAUGAUAUGGAUACAAAAUCAGCUCGUCGGUGCGCAAGAAGGUCAAUCGGUCACUUUGGAAUGUACGUCCGAAGCGUUUCCCAAAUCAAUCGAUUACUGGACAAAAGAUAAAACGACCAUCAUAUCAAACGGCACCAAAUAUCAUACAGACCUUAAGGACAACGUGUACAAAACGCACAUGAAACUAACGAUAAUAUCGGUAACGUCGUCGGAUUACGGCACGUACCAGUGUGUUUCGAAAAACUCGUUGGGCGAAACAGACGGCACUAUUAAGCUUUACGAGGUGAUUAAGCCAACGACAACGACGACAACGACGACUACUACUGUGCCUACGACCACUACGACCACUUCUACCACGACUAAGGUGGCCACCACGAUGACCGGUGGCUGGCGAACGACUGAGAUGCCAAAAAAAUCGUCAAAAUUCGGCGGAAAGGCUCCCGCCAACGAAGUGGACCGGAGACCGCCGAAGAAGACCGGAAAAUAUCAAGACGCCGAGGACGGCAAGAAGGACGAUCCGACCGUCGGAGAUCAACAGCAGAGCACGCGAGCAGCAGCCGCAGCCGCCGCCGCCGCAGCCGGCGACAACAAUGGGCGGCCAGCUUUGAGCAAAAAGCAUAAAAACGGAUCUACCAGCGUCCAUCCCGCGCUUGGUGUGAUGGCCGUAGUUUGGAUAAUAAUAACACAAAGGAUUUUUCCGUUAUGAAUUUGUACACUACACGUAUAGCACCGCAACCGGGGCGAAAAGACACUAUGAAGCGACCGUGAAUGACACCACUGUUGCAGCACGCCGCGAGAAUGAAAGAAAACUAUGGGUAAAAAAGACCCUUUUUCGUUGUACAAAUGUAUAUUAAUGUUUUAUACAUAAUAUUAUUACAUUAUGAGAUAUUAUGUAACGCGUGUAUUCCGUUGUUUUUAUUAUUAUUAUUGUUAUAAUUUUUUUUUUUUAUCAUGAGCUGAUGUGGUAGAAGAAAAUUAAAAUAAAUGUGUAUAACAUAACUAAUGUAUGGAUGUUAUAUUAUAUAUAUAUAUAUGUAGGUACGUGCAUUUAAUGUAUGUGUUUUGAGUCCAAAUUUUUUAUUAUUUCUCGUAAGGGGCUUGUCCCAAUAUUCUAAGGACAAAACGUUUGGCGCUAAUGGUACUCUCUAGAAUAAAAUAUAAUUUCCACCCCAAGGGAGUGAAGGGUUGUGGCUCGUUUGCGAUCUUCGGUGCCGCGUGACGUAUAUAUCCAAGUACACAGUGCAGACGCCUCAGGUAGGGUAUGAUCGUAAAAGUGUCCCCCGGGAAAAGUGGGUGAAGGACCAUGGGAAAAUAAAGAUAAAAAAAAGGUAAAAACGGAAUAACCGGAAAUAGCAAUCGUUAUAUUUUUUUCACUACCCCUCCAUAACGUGCACUCUGUCUUUCAUCCGUUAACAACAAUCUUUUACGAGCAUACAUUCUCUACCGUGUUGAAAACAUUGUUAACAUAUACAGCGCAAUAGGUAGGUACCUCCUAGUGAAAAGUAUUGACUUAAAGGUUACUUGCUAACACGUAUCAUGG